ACGUCAAAAAAGUCGCGUUUUCGUUUUGUGGCAGCAUUCGAAAAUCCAACGGCGGCAACUAGUCUUACGGGUGUUUGUUUUUUAUAACCGAUUAUUGUUUCGAAAAUCCGUUUUUUAUGAUUCUCAAAAUGGACAUGUCCCAUUCCGCGUUUCCUACCGUUAAUUCGUUAUCACCGCCGAAUUCUUUGCUGCUUCGACGGCCGAAUAAUGCAGAUUUUAAUUCGGUAUUAUCAGCGAGUUUGGGAUCGACUACGGGUUUUUGGAAUAGUCCAGCUCAUGAUCCGUUGGUUCCUGGUAGGGUUAUUGCCAGUAUGGAUAUACCUCAAGGUACUAUGUCUCUUCCUAUAGAUCCUGUUUCAUUAAUGGGAAAUGUUGAUGUUCAACAGAUAUCUGCUGGUAUUACAUUUUUUGGGACAUUGGGUUUGGACAAGGCUUCAAAAGAAAUAUGGAAUCAACCGUGUCAUUGGGUACGAGCGAUAAGGUUAGCCGAGGACUGUCAUUCCUAUAAUGUACAGCUCAAACUUCAACCUUCUUACAGAAUUUAUCCCAACAUUCGAAAGAAACCAUUACCCAAACUGAUUAUACAAGUUGUGAGACCUAUAUCUUCUGGUCAAGAGCUGCAGCUAUGGUUUUCUGAAGAUAUUUUAGGCAUGCUCCAAGUAGUCUUUUUAACACCUUCAAAUAUACAAGGCCAAGAAAAAUACAUCUGCCUCCGUUGUUCCUCCUUAUACGAAUCGCCCAAUCCCUUAAAAUUACACAUUACGUUGGCAUGCAGCAAAUUUCCAAUUUCCUCGUUAUGGUGUCGAUUGGCGGAUUUAAUGAAAGAAUCUCAAUCACCGCAGAGCGUCGAUAUAGAAGGUAUUCCCUUUGAUCUGAAAUUGAGUCCAGACCAACAAGUUGCCAGACAGAAACAAGCGUUAGAUUUAACAACAGCUGGAGAAAAUGAACAAGGAGGACAUAAACAAUUGUAUAGGCCUUAUAUUGAGUCAGCAUUCAAACCCUUUAAACGUGAAAGGUCAUCUCUAACAAGAAGUCCAGUAAUACCAGAUGCACAUGCAACUCCAGAUCUUCCAACUGCCUGGCCCAAUGUAUUUGGAAGCGAUAUAGUUCAGCUUCAUCGAAACUUGAUGCAUAGCCAGCUCGCAACACCAAAUCAAAUACCUUGCACCGAUGAUGCCCAGAUCGAAAGUUUGGUAAUUACAGUUUAUAUUUACAAACCUGAACGAUAA